UCUGGGCCGUUGGUUUAUGGGCCUAGUUACAUGUAGUGCAGAAACGCCGAAAAGGCUUCGUCUCAAUCAAAGGUAGUAUAUUUAACGCUACCUCCCAAAAAACCCUAGCCGGCCGAACUGCACCUUCACCUUCCCUUCGAGAUGGCAAAGUCUAAGAAUCACACAGCGCACAAUCAGUCCUACAAGGCCCACAAAAACGGCAUCAAGAAACCCAAGAGGCAUCGCCACACUUCCACCAAAGGGAUGGAUCCCAAGUUUCUGAGGAAUCAGAGGUACGCGAGGAAGCACAACAAGAAGAGCGGCGAAAUUGCCACUGAGGAAGAGUGAAGUGGCACUUUCUAACGGAACCAUUAGGGUUUUUUUUUAAGCUCGGUUUUUUUUUGUUUUAUUUUGUUUUUAAUGGUUGACUUUGUUUGAAAUCAACGUUCAGUAGUAUAAUUAAAUUUGUUUUCAGAGAAUGCAGUGCUCUUAUAGCAAUUAUUUUCCUGGUUUCUGCUGAAGACCCUUGAAUUAUUUAUUUAUCAGUGAAAUGAAUGUUAAGGUGUUUUGUGUUUCUUAGUCA